CUAAAACACAGUAGUUCUGAAAAAAAACUUUUAAUCCACCACUACCUGCAAUCGGUUUUGAUAUAGUCUUAGACUGAAGAACUUUUCAGCCCUGUUUUACUGAAAAACGUGMAAGCUUUCAGCUCUUAGAACGAGUUGAAAAGUGAACGAUGUUCAAAUUUCCUUGCUAUUAGUGCAUGGUCUGAUUUUMCAGAGCUUCUCAAGUUUGAUGCACAACAAUGUUGGGAGUUGCAUUUUAAAGAGAAAUUUAAAAUUUUCAAAAGGGGCAAAAAUGUGUUGAUCCCGAUCCUUUAAAGUAUCAUGAAAUCGCUUAAAAUAUGGAGAAACAUCUUAAACCGGAAAGUAAUUGUAAUUUCCUUGCAAGUACUGGAGGAGCUUUAUUUUAAAAAGAUCUCAUCUUAGCAUGAAAAAUCGUUGAAUUGUGAUAUAAAAACAGCAAACUUCUAAGUGAAAAAUUCAGUGUAUUUUCUAGUAAGCAAGUCAAAAGCUCAAUUUGCCUGGAGUUUUCGAACUGGAGGCUGCAAACUAUUAAAUAUUCUCAGUCAACAAACGAUAAUUUCCGGACAAUCAGUAUAGAACCCGMUURAUUCGCAGAAUUCCAAGUUGCGUCUGCAACAGCGUUCAAUUUUCCAUGCCRAUUCGAACUUCAGAAACUUUGGAGSUUUGAAAAACUUCCAUUUCGAAGAUAAGAGAGUUUAUUAAUAAUUUGCCCGUUUUUGAAUACUCAUUAAUGCAAUUGAGUUAAAUAAGGACGCAUUUGCGACUCUCCUGUACUAGUUACUACGCCUAAUUUUUACGUUAUCGCCUAAUACGUAACUGGUAAAAAAAGCCGCUUAUCUAUAAUUUAUUCUUUUUCAAGCCCAUUAAAAUACCAGUUUGCACCUAAACUAUUCAAAUUCUAGGCAAUAGAUAGACUAGGGGUUUCGCAUGACCACGCUCCUGAACGUGGUUGACAAGAGUAUAAAUUGAAGUUCAUUCUAGUAAAAAUCUAGUAGCAAUAGAAACCUAAAAACGUUAGGGGAUAAAAUGGGCCUUAAACUUUACGGAGCUGAAAUCAGCCCUUGUGUUAGGGCCGUGUUGCUAACUAUCGAAGCUCUAGAAUUGAAGGGUGUGGAGUUUGUAGAUGUGGACUUGCUUAAUGGAGGCACGCAAACUGCAGCUUUUUCAGCCAUUAACCCGCUUCAAAAAGUGCCAACAAUACAAGAUGGAGACUUAAUAUUGUGGGACAGUCACGCCAUCAACGCCUACAUAGUGAGCAAAUAUGGAAAAACUGACAGUCUCUAUCCGAAAGAUCCCAAAAAGCGGGCUUUAGUUGAUGCAAUGAACUUCUUUGAUACUGGAUUUUUAUUUGCAGGACACGACGUUGCUAUAAAAUCAAUUGUUACUUCACCAACACCCACUAGUGUAGACUCCCAGAUAGCGAAACCCCUUGAAGAGGCAUAUGCUUACUUGAAUACAAUUUUAGAAAAACGUGCCUACGUCGCUGGCUCUCAGCUCACUAUCGCUGACUUUAGCAUAGCUACGACUUUAUCGUCAUCGACGAGUUAUUUACCGCUAACACCCGGCAAACAUGACAAAGUCCUGGCAUGGUACCAAACGAUUAAAUCCCUGCCGUAUUUUGCGAAAGUAAAUGCUGCUGGGUUAAAGCAAGUCAAGGAGGUUUUAAGCAAGAAACUUGCCUAAGUGCAUAUGGGUUUGAAAAUGUUUUCUCAAAGUAAAUGCAUUCAAAAUCA